CCACCCAGGUUGCGCUCCCUCUUUUUGAUAAUCCCCCCAGGCUGCGCUGAGAUAGAGCUUUCCCAGAGUCGCUUUUUGCGCCUUGCACCACACACUCCCCACUUUACCCCCUCCUCUCCCUCUAUCAGGCGCCAUCCGCGCUUUCCUUCGUCUCCACCUACCGCGGUGCUCCUCGCCCCGUCGCGUGCGCCGUUAGCCCCCGCACAGCCCCCCUCCGCUUCCACGCCGCUCGUCGCCGCGUCCUUCUGCGGAGCACCCCGCUGUCCGCCGUCGUCCGCGCGUUCGGCUCGUCGUCAGCCGCUCCCCGGCACUCUACCCUCCACGCCCGGCACUCUACCCUCCGCGCCCGGCACUCUACCCUCCGCGCCUGGCACUCUACCCUCCGCGCCUGGCACUCUACCCUCCGUGCCUAGCACUCCGGCCUUCGCGCUCCCCACGCAGCCAUCUGCCCUACGCUCCGGCAAUCUGCUCCCCGCAUUCGGCAUUCCGCAUUCUGCCCCCCCGCGCUCUGCAUUCCGCCUUCCGCGUUCCCCGCCGGUCCUCCGCUCUCACCUUCGCCGUCACUACUAACUCCCCACCACUCCCGCCACUCCUGCAGUGGAGCGGUGGUUCAGCGGCUGCAGCGGCAGGAGUAGUGCAGUGGUAGUAGCUGUGGCAAAGUGAUGGCAGUGGUGCAGUGAGGCCGAAGCAGCGGCGCAGCAGCAGUAGCGCAGGAGAGCCGCCUUCACUCUCCUCUUCUCCCUGUGCAGUGGUAGUGGUAGCAGCAGCAGGAUCACCAGAGGCAGCAGCAGCAGCGGCAGCGGCAGCGGCAGUACCUCCCGGUGGACCCCCCUGAUGGCGAUGGCGGACACUACCCCUCUGGACCUGUCCAUCGUGGACCGCCUGGAGCUGGCAGACGACGGCACGGCCGUCAACUGGCGCUCCUACGCCAACACGCUGGCCAUCGUGCUCCACACAGCUCAGGUCAACGGCUACACCCUGCACCACAUCGUCACCAAGAAGCCCAGUGGCCUCCCCCCGCCUCCCCCCAUGGAUCCCGGGCCCGCACCCCCUCCCCUUCCUGCGCCUCCACCUCCCAUGCCCGAUGCCCCCGAACAUUUGCCGCCUCCACACCCCGACGAAGACUCGGCUGAGGGAGAGUGUGCAAUUCAAGCGUAUACGGCUCGCUUUGGCGAGUACGUUCUCCAGGAGUUGGCCGUCACGGCCGCACAGGAGGCACUCGACAGCGCCACCGCUGCCCACGCCAAGCACGCUGCUGCCACAGCCGAGUACGCCGAGGCGCAGCGCCGCUGCAAAGCCUGGAAGGUGGCUGAUGCCCGCGCCGUGUGUGCGAUCCUGUCCACGCUGCCCAUGGCCGUGAAGCGCGGGGUGGCCAACACGUCCUCGUCCAGUGCGCUCUGGCAGGAGCUCCAAGACAGGUUCGACCCUCGCGAUUUCUACUCCACCUGCCGCCUCUUGGACCAGUACGACAGAAUCACACUGGACAACAGCACCAGUGCACUCGACUACACGCGGCGCCUCGCCAACUCAGCAGCAGACCUCCUAGACCGCAGCGUGGAGCUGCCCCGCCUGCUGCAGAUCCGCCGCCUCUUCCGCGGCCUCCCACCCUCCUUCUCCCCCUUGGCAACCGCCUACCAGUCCAAGAUGCCGACGGACGUGACGGUGGAUGCGGUGGUGGAGUGGGUGAUCAGCACUGAUAGAGCCCUCCGUUGCACGGCCGCCGCACAUGCCCAUGCUGAGCAGCCGUGCCCUGAGCAGCGCGGUGGUGGUCGCAGGCGCCGCAGACCCAGAGGUCGCCGCGCUCCGGCGGUUGAUGGCGGUGCUGCGCAGCAGUCUCAGCACAGUCAGCUACAGCAGGCGAACUCUCCCCAGCCUCCCGUGCUUCUGUUCCAGCAGUUUCAGCAGUUUAACCUGCACCAGCACCAGCAGCCGCAGUCACAGCAGUACCAGCAGCCGCAGUCACAGCAGUACCAGCAGCCGCAGCAGUACCCACAGCUGCAGCAUCAGCCGUAUCAACAGCAGCAGCAGUACCAGCAGCCACAGCUGCCGCUAUUUCCACUCUCGCAGCUGUUGGGGAUCUAUGCCGUCGCUCCCUAGCAGGCCCCCAAAUUGGUUUUGGGCCUGUCUGAUUCGUCAGAGUCCCUGCCUUCCCUUGGUAUGGGUGUCAGUCACCUCCUUGAAAAAGUCUGAAAAAUCAGAGUAGCCAUGGAUUCUUUGUCUGACCAAUCAGAGUCAUAGCCAAACUUGUGUAUGAGCCUUUUUUAUGGUUCUUCAUUAGA